AUGGAUUAAUAUAAAAUAGUGAAGAGAUUGGGAGAUGGAACGUACGGGUGUGUCUACAAAGCAACUAAUAUCAAUACAGGCCAGACAGUUGCUAUUAAGAAGUUCAAAAAAAAAUAUACGUCUUGGGAUGAAUGUGUUAACCUUCGAGAAGUAAAAGCAUUAUAAAAAUUAAAACAUCCUAAUAUCAUAAAACUAGUUGAAGUAUUCAAGGAGAAGGAUGAGUUGAAUUUGGUGUUCGAAUACUUAGAUAAGGAUAUUUAUCAACAAUAUUUAGAAAAUCAAAAUAAUGGAAAACAUUUAUCAGAAGAUAAGAUUAGGUCUGUAAUAAAAUAAGUAACUGAAGGUUUGGCCUAUAUGCAUAAAGUAGGAUAUUUUCAUAGAGAUUUAAAACCAGAGAAUCUACUAGUAUCAGGGGAAACAGUUAAAAUAUGUGAUUUUGGAUUAGCAAGAGAGAUAAGAUCUAAACCACCAUAUACCGAUUAUGUUGCUACAAGAUGGUACCGGGCACCAGAAAUCCUGCUAAAAUCUCCAAACUAUAACUCCCCAGUUGAUAUAUUUGCACUUGGGUGUAUUAUGGCUGAAUUAUACACUCUUAAGCCUUUAUUUAACGGUAGUUCAGAGUUGGAUCAGCUUUUUAAGCUUUGUUAGACCUUAGGUACACCAAAUGUUAGAGAUUGGCCCGAAUCAUAGAAAUUAGCAAAUGCUGCCAACAUCACGUUCCCAACAUAUAAUCCUGUAUAGUUAGAAAAAGUUAUUCCAAAUGCGUCAUCUGAAGCGCUUGAUUUGAUAAGAGACAUGUUAAAGUAUGAUCCAUAGAAAAGACCUUCUGCUAAAUAGAUAUUGGAAUAUCCUUAUUUUACUAACCAUUGUUUCCCAAUGAUCUAAUAAAUUGAGAAUAAAUAAGAAUUUCCCAAAAUAGACAGAGCAGAAAGACAUGAAAAACAGGAAGAUAUAUUUGAAUUACCUAAAGUCAAUAACAAAGAAAAUAGAAACAAAAUGAAUGAAUCUAAUUCAAACUUUCUAGACUUAUUAGAAUAAAAGAUGGCUGAGUAUGAUAGACCUGUAAAAAAAGAACUUUCAAUUCAUAAGAGUAGUGUUAAGGAAUCUAAAGAAUUUUAACCAUAAAAAGACUAUAGGGAUUCGAAUUUACCAAUGAUACAAAAUAAUUUACCUAAAGAUUACUUAAUUUCUAAAGACUAUAAUUAGAAUGAUUCUCUGGAUCCUAGAAUUGAUUCUAGAAACAAGAAGGGUUAGGCCGGAUUAAAAUUUUUAAGGCAUAAUGAUCUAAUUGGUGAAUAACUAAGAAAUUAAUAACAAUUAAGUAUUCAACAAUCUAGAUCCUAUGAACCAACCAAAAGAAAUAUUUACGAGUUUAAUUUCUUGUAAAUGCCUAAUGCUAAACCUACAUUUCAACCUAAACUAGAAAUGCCCAAAUAGAAUAAAAAUUAGAUGCUUGGAUAAAAUUAUCCCAAAUCGCUUCCAAUUGCUCCAAAUAUGGGAUAUAAGUAUCAACAACAAUAAUAAUAAUAACAGUAUAAAUUUGACGAUAUCUUAUAUGGUAAGCCUCCACUUAAAUAGUAUUAUUGA